AUGGGUUUAUCACAAGAUGGUAUGUUUACAUUGAUUUUCGUGUUUUUUUGGAAAGUUUCAAGUACCGUUUCUUGCCUAUUUUCCUCUACUAUCUAACUCUGCUUUAUAGUACUACAGAAUCAUUAAGAUUUUAUGACCAGUAAAAUAUAAAUUUUAUGUAACACUUUUUACAUUUUAAUUCUAAUUGGCAAUUUUUUAGAGGUAGAGAAACAAAUUCAAGCUGUAGAAAAAAUUCAAGAAGAUGGCGUGAACAACCAAGAUUUGAAAGCCAUUGCCUCAACUUACGCUGAAAACGCUGUACUAAUCCACUUAGGACACAGUGUUACUCAUGGCCUUGAAAGUAGGUUCUGAUGAAUCAAUUUCUAUCGUUUACCAAGCUUUGUCAAAGUAGAGCUGUUUUUAAAUUUUUAAAUCACUAAACUUUCAGACAUAGCCGAAGGCUUCAGACCUUUCUUUGGCAAAACAUUGACAACGGAAAAGCAAGCCGCAUAUGACAUUAACAAUGGAGAGUACUUGAUGAGAAAGGGCCGGUACUGUUUUCCUGGAGAAAAAUGGAACAGAUUCAUGCAACUUCAUCAAAGACAACCUGAUGGAUCGUACAAAAUAAUCCACGAUGAAUUUGAUUAUUAA